CGGAGCCCCACACUCUCACUAUGACCGCCACACCCAUCCCACGCUCACUUGCCCUCGUGCUGCAUGGCGACACCGACAUCUCGCAGAUCGCCGAGCUGCCGCCCGGCCGCACGCCGGUGGAGACCCUUGUCUUUUAUGACAAGGAGGGGAAGGGCGGCAGCGAGGGGGAGGAGAGUGAUUCGGAGGAUGAGGAGGAAUCGGAAGCGAAAGAGAGGGCUGUGGCGUACCAGAUUCUUCGGGACGAGGUAGAGUCGGGCGGCCGAGCCUUCAUUGUCUUUCCAAUCAUCGACGCCUCAGAGGAGCUCCCGGGAAUCCGGCCAGCCACAGAAGAAUUUAAGCUGCUGACCAAACAGGGCGGCCUGCUUGGUCGGCCGUUAAGACCUGGCAGCAGCACUUGCAGCGGUGCUGGCAGUGACAGUGAUGGUUGCCCGCACAUCCCUAACAGGGGGCCGCAUGUUUGGUACAGUGAGGACCCCACUGGUUACGACACAGACCAGUAUAACGCCGAGCUGGAUGCCAUGUACGGUCCUCAAUACGAUGACCAAGUCUUUGAAAUCUCUGAUUCUGAUGCCGAUGGUUCUGAUGCCGAUGGUUCUGAUGGCGCUGAUUCUGACGAUGAUUCGGAUGAUGAGUCUCUUGGAAGGCUGCGCUGUGGGCUGGUGCAUGGGCGGAUGGAGCCAGACGAAAAGGACAGCGUCAUGCGCAGCUUCCAAGAAGGAUCUAUACAGGUGCUCGUGUGCACGACAGUGAUCGAGGUGGGGAUCGACAUCCCCGAGGCCACGGUGAUGCUGGUGGAGCACGCAGAGCGCUACGGCUUGGCGCAGCUGCACCAGCUGAGGGGGCGGGUGGGCAGGGGCCAGCGCAAGUCGCGCUGCCUGCUGGUUGGAAGCUCCAAGAGCGCUCGCCAGAAGCUGAAACUGCUGGAGACAUCACAGGACGGCUUUGAGCUGGCCCAGCUGGACCUCAAGAGGCGCGGCCCGGGGGAGCUGCUGGGGAAGAAGCAGUCCGGGCGGCUUCCAGGGUUCAACCUUGCGCGGCUGGAUAAGGACCUGCACAUUCUGGAGGACGCGAGGAAGGCUGCCGAGGAAGUGGUUGAAUUGAGUCAAGGCACUGGAGAAUUGGACCCGGCACUUGCUCAAGAGUUGCGAAUUCGCAACCCUUUGUAUGCUUCAACCCAAUGAUAGUGAAUAUUUGUGUUACGAAGGUAGCUUGCAUAGGGCGUAUUCCUACGGAGUUGGAUCCGGAAAAAAAUAGGAUCCAACGCGCACGGUACAGUGCGGUGCGAGUGUUGUCAUGCACAUUUGAGGGCGGUUCAGCUUGGUAAUUCACUUGCGGAUCCAGCAUUGUCUGCAUAGACCAUUAGGACGUAAGUUGAUAAUACCCUUUGUGUGUGGUGGACUAGCGUCUUUUGUUGAUAAAUUCCUGAACAUGCAUAGGUUUGAAGCAAGGUUGCUCGCAUCGCAUGCAUAGACAAUCAGCCUCAAAAUCGCAGAAAUACAGGUGUGUACCUCUGCAUCUAAGACUUUGGUGGCUUUGUCAACUUAUACAUAUUAUCUAUGUAGAAGUUAUAGGCUAGACUGAG